AUGCCUCCGGUUCCCAGCUUCAGAUACUUGAUUGUGCACUUCUUCGGAGGCUCUGUCGACCUGGCAGGCGUUGUUGAGGUGACCUUCUGUCAGUUGGAGCACAAGCCAGAGUUUAUCUCCAGGGUGAGGGUCGAGAGGUCAUGUACCUCGAGUUCAGGUACGAUCCCACCGGGGUUGUACCUGAUCACCCGAACCUCCUCGACGCGCGCUUCAUCAGGUGACGAGCCUCCAGAGGAUCUCAACCCAGAGAGUCAUCCCGAUAUCACAGGUCAAAGGUUCUUGGAGGUGUCGUGGGAGGGGAGUUUGGAAUGGUGGCGGUCACCACUGAAG